CUGGUCCCUGACGACUCUUGUGAGUCUUGAUGAGUGUUGACUGUUGAGUGUAGAACUGUGUGUAGAUGAAUCACUAUUGAUCCGUGAUUCAUCAGUGAUCACUUAUCAGUGAUCAGUCACUCAGAGUCCCAGGCAAGACCGAACUUAUUUACUCUGGUUCAUCUACGGGGACCAAACUGGCCGAGAUCCCAGAUCUGAAGAUAUAUAUGUCGAUGCAUAUAAAUAAAUCAAACGUCUCACACCAAACGGCCAAAGGCUCAAACUCUAGAGAGUCGAGACUCAAGACAGAUAAGUAUUUAAAGGAGGCCCGUCUCUCUCAUGUCUCAGCAUACCAGCAAGUUUCCAGGCUCCAGAAAGUAAACAAAACAACAAAACAUCUCACUCCAUAGAAAUAUGCCCGGGUUAGUAAAAUCAACAAUGUGUCUAAUGGCUUUCGUCUCAAUUAUUUACGAAGUGGCGGGCGCCUCUGCGAUUGAUAGACGAGAAGGGACAGUGAGCGAUACGACAGAAGACACAAGUACGUGCGGUACCACCGUUACAAACACGAGCUCGGGUGACGUGUGGUGUUGUGAUACGACACUGAUUACUAGCAGCGGCACCACUAAAUGUUAUCAAUCUGAUGCGUACUACAGUGGCGAUUGUAGUAUAGAAUAUAUACAAAAUCAAGAUACCCGCUACUGCCUGGUCGCGACUCAGGACGCAGAAACGGACGACAACUAUGACACACCCAAUACGGAUACAUGUAGUAUCAAGGUGGGCACGUGUACUAUCAACCAAACGUGGGAUGACAAUGGCGAUUUUUCGAAGUCGGCAACAUACAGCGGUGUGGACUACACUUUCAACUAUUACGGUUGCACCUGCCUUGCGGACGGUACAGGGUAUGGGUGCGCGUCUGUCGAAACUCUCACAAAUGGAGUACUUUCAUCAACGCAAGUAAACGCUGCAACGACGUGCUAGUUCAUCAACUUGGAAGGAAUGAACUCAUAGUCACAGUGAUCCGUCAAAACAAUAUACAUCCUUCAACCAAAUUUUGUAAAGGAAAAACAAAACUGACACGCCAACAAGGGAAAUAAAGAAAAGGAUGAAAAAUA